GCCCGGGUGCGGAGCGGACGCUGUGGGCGCGGCGUGGGCCGCGCCUGGGGGUUCGUUUUUGCUUUUCGCGGCGGAGGAUCCCGGGGACCCGGAGUGGCGCAGUCCGAUUUCCGGGGCCGAGGAGCGCCGCGGGGCCCGCCGGGGCCGGCGCGUCCGUUAUCCCCUGGGGCUGCCUUUCGGACGGCGGUGCCCAGUGGAGGCAAACGGGCCGGUUGUGGUAAAGGGACGCAUUACAGGAUUGGCUGAAGGCCAGCACGGAUUCCAUGUCCAUCAGUUUGGCGAUAACACACAAGGCUGUACCAGUGCAGGUCCUCACUUUAAUCCUCUAUCCAAAAAACAUGGUGGGCCAAAGGACGAAGAGAGGCACGUUGGAGACCUGGGCAAUGUGACUGCGGGUGCAGAUGGUGUGGCCAAUGUAUCCAUUGAGGAUUCUCUGAUCUCACUCUCGGGAGCGAAUUCCAUCAUUGGCCGCACGAUGGUGGUCCAUGAAAAACCAGAUGACCUGGGCAAAGGUGGAAAUGAAGAAAGUACAAAGACGGGAAAUGCUGGAAGUCGUCUGGCUUGUGGAGUCAUUGGGAUAGCCCAGUAAACAUUCCCUGCUGUGUGGUCCGAGUCCUAGUCACUCAUGUCAUCCUGCUAGCUGUAGAAAUGUAACUUGAAAAACAUUAAACACUGUAAUCUUAAAAGUGUUAAUUUGUGUGACUUUUUCUUAAUUGAAGUACUUCUGUAAUGAGAACUGAUUUAUGUUCCCUUGGAAAAUUUGUAUGGUUUUAUAAAACUCAUUCAAUUAAAAUGUCUUGUUUCAAUGAUUUCUGUAUGUUGCCAGACUUAAUCAUGUGGUAUUAAAUUUACUGUCUGAAAUUA